AUGCACUCCCGAUCCAUCAUCGCCGCCAGUCUUUUGGCCUUUUCACCCUUCACCGCGGCUGCUCCUGUCAACGGUAGCACGUCGUCGUCUGCCUAUACGGCUCAAGCAACACCCACGGCGAAUCCUCUUGCCGCUUUGGGAUUGUCUAAAACAGCUCAAGUCUUCUUGAGUGACAGUCGUGCCGACGCCAUCAACAAUGUCUUGACCAGCAACGACGACUUCAAGUUUAGUUUUGUCGACAAGAAGAAGGGAGGACCUGGCGAGGGCGGUGAAGUGGUCCCAGCGAACCGCAAGACCUUUCCCGCGCUGACCAACAGCGGCGUUGGUGCCGCCGUGGCCUUUCUCGAUGCCUGCGGCUUCAACACGCCCCACGUCCACCCGCGUGCCACGGAGCUCGCCGUCGUCGUCCAGGGCUCAGUGGUGACGUCCAUGUUCCCCGAGAAUGGCGUCAACCUGACCGACGGCACGCGGCGGGAGAUCAUGACAACGCUCAACCAGUUUGACGCCACCGUCUUUUACCAGGGCUCGGUUCACUCCCAAUUCAACCCCAACUGCGAACCCGCCGUGUUCGUCGCUGCAUUCAAUUCCGAGGACUUUGGUACCGGUCAGGUUGCUCAGGAGCUCUUUGCCGGGUCAGACGAGGAGCUCACAGCCGCCAUUUUUGGUAACCAGAUUAGCGGCGCCGAUGUUGACAAGCUUCGGGGUCAAAUUUCAGAGAAUGUUGCUCGUGGUGUCGAGGAGUGCCUGACCAAGUGCAACAUAACCAAGCGCAAGUAA